UCACCUUCACCUUUAAUAAAUGCUCAUAUUCUUUCAAUUUGUUAUUUUUUUCUUUGUCUCGUUGAAAUUCCAUCCAAGCGACUAUCCUUCACAGCACAAAACAUUGUUCUACAUAGUCAUGAAAACACAAAAGAGUGUGUAAAUUCGGAAUAAGCAGUUAGUGAAGUGAGUUCAUGUUCUACAAGCCUCGAAUACAGUACUUAAAAUGUUUUUUUCACCAAAAUUAUUUGUAUUAUUAUGUAUUUUUUAUCUGGAUAUUAUGGAGACACAUUCGAAAAGAAUAUUAGGUGUUUUUCCUUACAACGCAAAGAGUCAUAAUAACGUUUUAAAUGCUUUGGCGAAAGGCUUAGUAAAAAAGGGGCAUCAAGUCGACGUUAUUACCCAUUAUCCGCUGAAAGAUCCACCAAAAAAUUACAGAACUAUUGUCAACUUGAAUGGCACUAGACCCCAUUAUGUGAACCAUGUAUCCAUGAAAUGGAUUCUUGAAAAAACUGGAAGCCCCGUAUCCUUGUAUGCAUAUCUUGCUGGGAAUGAAAUUUGCGACCUGUUGUCCCUUAAGGAAAUGCAAAAUGUUAUUAAAAAUCCAUCUAAUGAACCACCUUACGAUCUUGUGAUUAUCCAGAUACUUGGAGCAAAUUGCUAUAUUGGAUUAGGCUAUAUCUUCAAGGUGCCGGUGAUUACUGUUUCUACGCAUCUGGAAGUUCCAUGGACUGGUGAUGGAGUUGGAAGCCCUUCAGCCACUGCUUAUUAUACAGACGGUUUAAUGAGAACAUUUACGGUUUCAACUUUUUGGGAAAGAUUACAAAAUACAUUGCAUUCUCAAAUUAACAAGUUCAGAUAUUUUAUGUAUACAGAGAAAGCACAAACCGAGGCAAUGAGAAAAUAUUUAAGUCCUGAUAUACCAAGCGUUCGAGAAAUCGAGAGAACUGUGGCUUUAACUCUUGUUAAUUCCUAUUUUAACCCAUUUGGUAUUAAACCUUCAACCCCAGGCUUAAUAGAAAUUGGUGGUAUACAUAUAGAAGAAGAUGAUUCCAAAUUGACUCCCGAGCUCGAACGCUGGAUGAAUGAAAGCACAAAUGGAGUUAUCUACUUUACAUUCGGAUCUAUGAUACUCAUAGAAACUCUACCAGAAGAAUCCCUUCUUGCAUUUUAUAAAUCUUUUAAAAAAAUUGCUCCAAUGAGGGUGCUAAUGAAAAUCGCAGACAAAACUAAACUCCUCCCAGGUCUGCCAGACAAUGUUCGAACGUCUUUAUGGAUUCCUCAAAUACCUGUCUUAAAACACCACAACACCAAAUUAUUCAUAACUCACGGUGGUAUGUUGGGAAUACAGGAAGCUCUUUAUUACAAAGUUCCCAUGAUAGGAAUACCAAUCUUUUCUGACCAGUUUCGAAAUGUAGAGACUCUUGUAAGCAAAAAUAUUGGUAUCCGGCUGGAUUACAACAAAAUAACUCUACGAUCUUUGGAUGAAGCCCUCAGUGCCAUUCUCAAUGAUCCUAAAUACAGGGAAGCUGUAAAACAUGAAUCAAAACUUUUCCGCGAUAGGCCAAUGAAACCUGUGGAUACGGCAACUUUUUGGGUCGAAUAUGUCAUGAGAAAUGGAGGAGAUUCUUUAAGAUCACCAGCAGUGAAUCUAUAUUGGUGGGAAGUUGCUCUCUUAGAUGUGUACGGAUUUAUUCUUCUGAGCUGUAUUGCGUUAAUUUAUUUAGCUAUAUUCACUACCAAGGUUGUUGUAAGAAGAUGUUUUAAAACAUGUACUACGCCUUCUCAAAUUACUAAAAAAAUCAACUGAACUAUUAAUUUAUCUAAUGUAGCCCGAUGAGUUAUGCAUCAGUUAUGAAUAAAUCUUUAUUAAGGUCAAUUUAAGAAGUAAAAUUAAAAGAACCAUCCUCUCAGGUUGUAAUUCUCAAUUAAUUAAUCUGGAUGUCAUUUCUGAUGUUUGUUAAAAAAUUGUUAUAAAAUUUUCAGUUAGGAUUAAUGUUUCGUCAAAAUUGU